GAGUCAUUCGGUCACAGGGGGCAGCGUCUUGUCUGCGCCAGGAGACAGACUGGGAAGUAGCUCUCUCGCCAUAGUAUUUAAAGUCCCGUUGCAGUGCUGACGAGAGAACAUCCAGUUUGCUCAGCUCAACGGCAGCAUCACUCAAAUACAGUCUUCUUCAGGAGAAACGGCCUACAUAAGUGUUUAUGUGGACCUACCACAGAACCGAUGCACACAAGGUAAAUCCUUAUGAAGUCGCCUGAAGACCACAUGUUCAAGGAGGUGACACGACAGAACAGCUGUUACACAUAUGUGAUAGAAGACGACGAUCUAGCCCUGGCAAGCCUGAAUGUGUUUAAGUUAGCCGAGCAGGGCGACCUCGCUCUCCUGGAGAACCUGGUGAGGAAGAGCCCAAAGGUCCUGAGUGAGAAAGAUGAAUGCGGAGCCAGUCCCCUUCAUCAUGCCGCCGCAGGGGGCCACGUCACCGUCAUCCAAUUCAUCACCGCCGUCACAGACACACAGGAGCUGAACAGCUGCGAUGAGCAGGGCAGCGUUCCCCUGCACUGGGCAGUCGAGAGUAACAAGGCAGAGAGCUGCAGCGCUCUCAUGGACCUGGGGGCCAACCCCAACAUCCUCAACAUGGCUCUGUUGUCCCCCCUGCACCUGGCCGUCAACCGCGGACACAACAACCUGGUGGAGCUGCUGCUGUCCUACAGUGCAACAGAAUGUAAUCUGGAGGGAGACCUUGGGAACAGCCCGGCGAUACUGGCCUGCUCCAUCAAUAAUUGUGACGCCCUCAGCUUGCUGUUAAAGCACGGAGCGCGACUCUGCAAACAGAACAAGCUGGGCUAUUUCCCCAUCCACGCGGCUGCCUUCGCGGGUGCAAAGAGAGCCAUGGAGGUGAUCCUGAAAACCGGAGAGGAGUUAGGCCACUCGGCUGUAGCCCACAUCAACUAUUUGGACAAGACCAAGAGCAGUCCCCUCCAUCUGGCCGUUCGUGGCGGAAACAUCGAAGCCAUCCGCCUCUGCAUCGUCACCGGAGCCAAAGUUGACCAGCAACAGAACGACAGGUCCACGCCGCUGCAUUUGGCCUGCACCCAGGGUGCGACUGAGGUAGUCAAGCUAAUGCUCUCCUCUUUCGACCAAGUGGAAGACAUCAUCAAUCUGACGGAUGGGGCUUGUCAGACCCCUCUACACAGGGCUACAAUAUUUGACCACACGGAGCUGGCAGAGUACCUCAUUUCUUUGGGUGCGGACCUCAACAGCAUUGACUGUAAAGGAAACUCCCCUUUGCUGUUGGCCACGAACUGCGGGGCAUGGAGGACUGUGUCUCUGCUACUCUCAAAAGGGGCGAAUGUCAAUGUGAAAGACAGACGCGGGUGUAACUUCCUUCACCUGGCCAUUCUACAGCCCAAGGGUCUGAAGAAUCUUCCAGAAGAAGUGCUGCAGCACAACAGCGUGAAGGCACUGCUGAGCUGCGAGGACCACGACGGCUGCACCCCGCUGCACUACGCUUGCAGACUGGGUGUCCAUGACUCGGUGAAGAACAUGCUGGGCCUCUCGGGGCAGGUCGGCCUCGCGUGCAAGUCCAAGGACAAGAAGUCCGCCUUGCACUUUGCUGCUCAGUAUGGGCGCCUCAACACGUGUCAUCGACUACUGGAGACCAUCACGGACUCUCGUCUGCUAAACGAAGGCGACGAGCGAGGCCUGACCCCACUUCACUUGGCUUCAAGAGGGGGCCACGCCAAGGUGGUGCAGUUGCUGCUGCGCAAAGGUGCUCUCUUUCACAGUGACUACAAGGGCUGGAGUUGUCUGCACCACGCUGCGUCUGAGGGAUACACACAAACCAUGGACAUCCUCCUGUCCGCCAACCCCAAGUUACUGGAUAAAACAGACGAGGACGGGAACACUGCGCUCCACAUUGCAGCAAAGGAGGGACACGUGGCCGCCGUCAGGGUGAUGCUGGCCCGGGGGGCGGAGCUCCUCUUGAACAACAACGACACGUCAUUCCUCCACGAAGCUCUGCAGAGCGCGAGGAAAGAAGUGGCCAAUGCUGUGAUCGACAGUGACAGAUGCGACGAGGCGUUGAGACUGUUCAUACCUGGCUCAAGCCAGCAAUGUCCCAUAAUAGACAUGAUUGAGUGUCUGCCCGAGACCUACAAGUACCUGCUGGACCGCUGCGUUAGGGAAUCUGACGAUGACCACAACAGCCCCGACUACCAUAUUGAAUAUAAUUUCAGGUGGCUCCAAGCUCCCCUUGCGGCAAAGAAGUCAGUUGAGAAGACCAUGAGGUAUAAGCCACUUGCUGCACUCAACGCGAUGGUGGAGUACAACCGGCUGGAGCUGCUCAACCACCCUGUCUGCAAGAAGUACCUGGCAAUGAAGUGGUUUGCAUACGGGAGCACGGCCCAUGUGCUCAACAUGUUUUUGUACCUGCUGGGCCUGCUGCCGCUGACUCACCUCAUAGUGACUCUGAGGCCCUCCAUGAACACCACUGACACGGGGGAGAACAGCAUCAUCAUGGUGCCCAUAUCCUUCGAAGAGCAAAGUCUGUUCCUGUCCCUCUGCAUGGUGAUGGUCUUGGUCAUGAACAUCUAUUGCGUUGUGAAGGAACUGGUGCAGAUAUCGCAACAGGGCUGGAAUUACUUGAAGGACUCGUCCAACCACAGCGACUGGUUUUCAGCCAUCUUCUCUCUCCUGUUCAUCAUCCCCAUCAUGCUCAACGUGGAUGGUUCUUUACACUGGCAGGCAGGGGCGAUAGCAGUGUUGAAUUCAUGGGUUGGAUUUCUCCUUUAUCUCCAGAGGUUUGAGGGUGUUGGCAUCUACGUGGUGAUGUUUGGAGAGAUCCUGAAGACGCUGGUCCGUAUCGUGAUGCUGUUCGUUUUCCUGCUGUUAGCAUUUGCCCUGGGGUUCCAUGCUUUGAUGCUCAACCAGAGAGAGUUUGAGAGCGUGCCGCUCUCGGUGAUUCAGACCUUCGUGAUGAUGGUCGGGGAGCUGAACUACCAGAACAACUUCCUGGAUGCGUACAUGAACAACAAACUCGCGUUCGGUCCCCUGACGUACUUCAUUUUUGUGCAAUUCGUGAUGCUCAUGCCAAUACUGCUGGUGAACCUGAUGAUUGGUUUAGCCGUUGGAGACAUUGCUGAAGUACAAAGAAAUGCUGUCUUGAAAAGAAUAGCCAUGCAGAUUGAACUCCACACCGCUCUGGAGGAUAAACUCCCGUAUUGGUUCAUGAAACGAGUCGACAAACCCUCCAUCACCAUCUACCCCAAUCGCAAGUGCUCCAAGCACUACAUAAGGCAAUUGAUCACAGGCGACGAUGAACCGAGUGAAGUUUGGAGUCGUCUGCAGGCCAAAUCGCAGAAAUGCCCCCUGAUAGAGAAUGAGCUCAGGAAGCAGAAGUCCAGGAUGAAGGAGAUGUCGAGCAUACUGGAGAAACAGCACACCCUGCUGAAGCUCGUCAUCCAGAAGAUGGAGAUCACCUCAGAGGCCGACGAGCACGACGGGCCCGAGGACACCAAGGGCAGAACGUGGCCGUCUCUGAGUCAGGCCAAGUCCCGGGGGCGCGGCGCGUCCCGCUGGGUCCCGCUGAUGAAGGCCAUCGAGUCCGGCAGCAAAUGAAGACGGUGGGGUGAACAACGCGACUGCAACAUUUUAGCUCUACAAAGUGAUACAUCGCUACAUUAUUCAGACGUAUGUAACCGUGGCAUUAUUUACGUGACUAGUGCACAAUGUUGUUUGUUGAAUCAAGAGGUAGCCUGUGUCUCUCUAAUAGGUAAAUAUUACAUAUAUCUAAUAUUAUAUAGUCAAGCCAAUUCCUUUCAACCAAGUGCAGUUCAUUGAGUAGCUAUUGAGUGGUUCUAAAGAAUUUAAGGUUGAAGACUGAAUAUUGUUGCAUAUUCAAGCCUGUAGUAGUUGUUGUGUUCCAGUAAAUAUGAUAAAGUAACAUUUCUUGUCCAGUAUGUUAAGUACCACUGUUAAAUGAAUGUUGUUUCAUUGUUAGGAUGCAGUGUUGCCAUACUUCUACUACACAGACAGAUGCAGUCUCUUGUGUCUUUCUGUGAAAUAUGUGCUCCUUCCUCUACCGAACAUGACCCGUCGCCUCCACCUUGUCAUUAAAGCAUGUUUUGUGCAUGAGUCGAUCGUCA